AUGAUUGCCAUCGUGGCCAACACCCUCUACCUGGGCUGGGCGGCUGACGUCAACGCCUCUCGGACGAAACCGAAACCCGACGGAACGACCGAGGUCGAGGACCCACCACCACGGGCCCUGCGAGGUCCCGGGGUCACCGGUUCGGUUCGGUGCGGGGUGACCGGUGGGUCCGAGGUGAAGAACAGCUACCGGAAGUUGCGACAGCAGCCGAUCGAAGAGAAGUCCACGGCGUGGGCGUCGACGCUUUUGGUUUCGCGUCGAUCGAGUCAGACCGAGUGGUCAGACCGAGAGUCGGUGAGCUCUACGGAAGAGAUUGUUCAACGAUUCAACGAGACUGGUCGACCAGCCUUUGCCUUUGCUGGUGACUGGGCAUGCGAUCGGUGUUGGUUUGCCAUCGAGAUUAUCAUCCGUGCGGCCGCCGAAAAGAUCCAGUUCAUCACAGGCGACGAGAAGUUCUGGAACGCGCUGGACGUGUUCCUCGUCACGGAGUCGCUGAUCACGUUGACCUGGGACUUCGGCGCGGGCUCCUCCUUCGCCCUGCUGCGCAUCGUCCGCGUCUUCCGCCUGGUGCGCAUCGUGCGGCUGGUGCGGACCGUGCAGGCCUUACGGAAGUUACGUACCAUGAUCUUUGCCAUGCUCAACUCCUUCGCGGAUUUGCUUUGGGCACUACAAGUGGUGCUGUUAAUCGUCUUCGUCUUUAGCUUGAUCUUCAACAACGCCGCUUGGAGGGCGCUGCAAGCUACGCGGGGCAGCGGGGCAAAGCGCGUGAGAAGUAGGCAUGAAUUCCAUGUGCGGAAAAACGUGGUAGAAUCGAGGAUACUUGUGGGACACGGCGCUGUGAGUGGUGGCAAUGAUUGGAUGUUCUAUGCGGAACUCUUAAAGGAUUUGAGUCCCGGGAUGGGCGAAUUCUACUUUUUGGUCUUCAACUUCUACAUCGCAUUCUGCGUGGUCGGUCUCUUCAACGUGGUCACGGGUGUUUUCGUGGACAGCGCCGUGUGCACCCGCACGGAGGAUGAGAUCGUGCAGGGCUACUUGGAUGAGAUGAAGUCCAUGACCGAAUCGAUCAAAGGUUUCUUGAAAAAGGCCGACAAGGAUGCAUCGGGCACAUUGACCUAUGAGGAGUUUCAAGCACACAUGUCCAACCCAGUCGUGAAGGCCUAUUUCAGUGGCUUGGACAUCGAUCCAGACGAGACGAAGAUCAUCUUCACCCUGCUGGACUCGGACUGCAACGGUGACAUCGACAUCGAGGAGUUUGUGCAUGGCACCAUGAAGCUCAAAGGUUAUGCCACCAAGCUAGAUGUCAUGGCGCUGAUGUACGACGCCACCCGACAAAGCAUCCGCUUCGAUGCCCUGUGCGAGUUCGUGGAAAGCCGCUUGGAGGUCGAAGGGCGAGGGACAUCGAGGGACAGGGGGGAGAUAGAAGGUGUAAGGCGUGAUGUACGGCGCCAUGCUUUCGUCCUUGGACUGGAGCAGUUGAGGAAACGCGGUCGCUGUUUGUAA